UGGCGGACCAAAACAAUCUCGCAGACGUGCGACUGUUCAUGUUUUUGUUAAUUUCCUUGUUCUGCUUAGAUUUGUCACAUUCAGCUGUCUUACGCUAUAAUACUGAUGAGUUGCAUCCAAAUCCAGUGCAAAGAAUUUCUUUGAGCAAUGAGCCAUAUGAACACCUUGACAGAUGGCGGCGUUCUUCCUCGUCUGAUGCAGAUGGGAUUGUGAAUAAGCUGGAUGUCAUCGUUAACAAACUGAAUGGAACCGCGAACCACAAAGAAGCGUAUAUGCACUGGUCUGGUAAUAAAAGUAAUGAUAUAUUUGUGUUAACAAAACAGCGAAACCAGUUUCGAAGAACUAUUCAGAGCAAACUAUGGGUGUCCAGGGAUUAUGGAGACCACUUCAAUGAGGUUUUCUUCUCACACACUGCUCUAAUUUUCUACUUCUAUGUGUCCCCUGCAGUGCCGGACCAACUAAUAUUUGUUGAUAUGGAACAUAAGUCCCUCUACAUUACAAAGGAUGCUUUAAGAACAAACAAGACAUCUGUGCUGACUUUUUCACCUGAUCAACUUAUUCUUCAUCCAACCGAGCCAAACUGGCUGUUAGCAUACAGCUUUGAUGAACGCAAGCUUCGAGUGUCAAUGGAUUUUGGAAUGACUUGGACUGUCCUUUGUUCUGAAGUCACCAAGCGUAUAUUUUGGGCUGACCCCACGUUUGAUCGUGACAACAGAACUGUUCACAUGGAGGUACAGAAUAGUUAUGGACUAGCACAUUACAAGGCAUGCUUAAUACCCAACUGUAAGGACAUCACCAAAAACAUUGAUCCCACUUCGGAAGGGUUUGAUAGCAUGAGUAUGUUGGUGGAAAAGGAAUAUAUUUUCAUUCAGCAAACAACAAAUUCCAAGAGUCUGAUGCUCGUGUCACAUAAACGGGGACCAUUUAAGAGAGCCUAUUUUCCACCAUAUUAUAGUGCAAUGAACUUCCUGUUGGUGAAUGCAGAUGAUGGCCAGGUGUUCAUGGGCGUGAGCCGCUACCACAGUGUUGACUUGUAUUUAUCUGAUGCCACCGGUCGCUUCUUUGUGUUGACGCUUGACAGUGUGGUGUUCACCAUGCAGCCUGGGUGGUUUCAGAUUGAGCUGCAAGAGAUCAAAGGAAUGCCAGGAACAUUCAUUGCCAAUCAAAGACCGACAAACCAGUCUACGUUUAUUCUCCAACCUGCCAAGACAUACAUAUCGUUUGAUAAGGGUGGAAACUGGUCUCUCAUAUCUGCUCCAGAAGAUCUGAAGUCAAAAUGCCCAACUGAUGAUUGCCACCUGCAUCUACACAUGGACAUGAGUGAUUUAAUGAUCCCUUCACUGCUGUCGGAGAAGAAUGCCCCCGGUCUUGUGAUGGCUCACGGCAACAUUGGAUCAGAGCUCAGCAAUAACGUUGAUAUCUUUGUCAGUAAUAAUGGUGGCUGGACGUGGAAACAAGCACCAAUGAUAGGCACCUUCAGGUUCAACAUACUUGACCAAGGCAGUGUCAUGACAGCUAUAUUGAGUACCCCUAAGUCCACAAAUAUUGUACACUAUUCGCUAGAUGAUGGCUUGACUUGGCAGAAAGCCACUUUCCUAAAGGACAUGUCAAUUCGUGUUGAUGGUGUAUUGAAUGAACCUGGGAUAUCCACACUGAUUGAGAGUGUUUAUGGUCAUGCAAUCUCAGGUGGUGGAUGGAUACUGGUGAAACUUAACUUUGGAUCGAUACUGAAAAAACAGUGUGAUAACUCAGCUGAUUACAUAAAGUGGAAACCUACAGACCAGCUGUCACAUGGUGUCAGUUGCAUUCUAGGUCAAGAGAUAGUAUAUGAACGAAAAAAAUCUAAAUCAUUAUGCUUCAAUGGGCAGGAUUAUGAACGUCCAGUCAAGACAUCUCCCUGCCCUUGUCGUAAGGAGGACUUUGAGUGUGAUUAUGGUUACCGAUACAAUAAAAGAGUCUGUGCUAAAGAAAAAUGGUUUAAUCCCGAAAAAUUUAUCGCUGAAUGUCAAGAAGGGGAAAAGUACAAACGGAGCAAUGGGUAUCGCAAAGUAGCAGUUGAUAAGUGUCAAGAUGGAAUAGGAAAUAGCUACCCAUUUAAAAUGACGGAAUUGCCAUGCCCGCUGACUGAGCCUGGGGGACUGUCAGUCACAGUGAAUAAGAUGGUUGUACCAACUGGAUCUGUUGUCGUCUUCCGGCUUAACCAAAAAAUGGGCUCAAAGGCAGGCACAAAGUAUUCUUGGGAUUUUGGUGAUGGGCUAUUUAAAGUGAUAUACAGUUUCAACAAGACAUGCAACAUGACACAUAUUUAUAAGAAGUAUGGCAACUACAAUAUCAGCGUUAAAGCACAGAAUAAAAAAGGCAACACGACAGCAAAAACGUUUAUCCGUGUGGAAGAUAAGUUCACUGACAUCUAUGUGAGUCUUCCCUGGGCGGCCAAGGUUGGAGUGCCCAUAAAUUGUGAAGUGAUUGCCCAUGGCCGGAAAUUUGAUCAGGGUACAGGGCACGUCCACUUCGUGUGGCGGUUUGGGGAUGAGAACAAUGAGACUCUUCCAUAUCUGACCUGGAAUAAAAGUAUAUCUCAUGUGUACAAGACUGUAGAUAAACAUUUGAAGUUCCAUAUGGUGAAAGUGACUGUGGAAGCUAUUAAUUCGGUCAGCACGGUGUACAAGCAGUUCUUUGUGAAGGUUUUCAACAAUGCCUCAUUUGUGGAGCUUAAUUUUACUACUGGUGCUUCCGACUUUGAUUUUGAAACUGACAUUCCUAGACGAAUAACAUUUUUAAACCUGAUAAAACGUCAAAUUACUGAGGCUAUCGGCAUUGGCCAGGAUAGAUUCGAUGUUAUGUUACAUGCGACCAAACCAUUGACAGUCCGUGUAAUAUUUGUGCCAGAGUUCCUAUUAAAGAAAAGUGAACGAAGCUAUCAGAAGCUUACUAAGGAAUUUAUCCAAUAUGUGCAGAACAAGACACUGGCCAUAUAUCUUGCUAAGACAUCUGACCAGACAUCCAUGAUCAAAGCAAGAACAGCCGUUUUGAUUAAUGAUAUCGAUACCGAUACUGGGAAUGACCCGAACGCUGGUGUGAAACCGAAGGGAGCCAACAUGAGACCGGUCUUCAUCGCUGUUCCCAUUCUCGUGGCUGCUGCUGUUGUCACUGGGCUUGUUCUUAUCUACUACAAACGAAAGCUUCGUGAAUGUCGUCGAUACAGCCUCCUACGUCAUAGGGUCGAUGCCGACCACCUGCUGGAUGACGAUGACGACGAUGAACCACCGCUGGAUCUAAACCCAGACUUGGGAGGUGGUGGUCACAGGGACAUGGAUGAUGAUCACCUUGAUCUCGGUUCAGGAGGCCAGCUGGUUGUAACUGGUGGAUUAAGAGAUGAUCACGUUGUGAACUGCUGAGUAAAUAUCUGCUGAAUCAAGAUCUGCUAAUGAGAUGAGAAAGAGUGAUGUGUAUGGAUGCGAGCUGUCUCAUGUGAAGAUGUCAUCUCGAGAGGUCAACAAAAUUGCCGAAUAACGAGGCUUGUGAAAGACGUGGGUUGGAAACAGAUAUGUUUGUGACUGUGACCUUUUCACUUUGAGAUGUCAUCUCAUUGAAGAAUCAUUUGCUCAUUUAUUUUGACAUAAUGAUUAAAUUGUAAUUGGUACUGUGUGUCUUUCUCCAGACGUGGGCCAGUAAGGGUGUGUUUGUAGACCAUUCGCUAAUCUGUGCAGCCCCGUCUGUUAUUUCUGCUUACGUAUAAUAUUUUGUAAGUGUGUCGAAUGGCUGUAAAAUCCCCUAUCAUUAAGACCUUUAUGUGAAUAAUGACCAAAUUGUUACUGUAAGUAAUCAUUUAAUUAAAUGGAAGUUUAGACUGUCUGUAAUAUAUACUGUUUCGAAUAACACGAUUAAAUUUACAAAAUUAUAAUAUGAAGAUACUCGAUAGACUGACUUUUUUUACACAUGUGAAAUAUAUAAUAUUGAUAAAUUGCAUGAAUGGUCCAAGAUGUCAUAUGAAGUUCAUGGAAUGAAUCAGGAAUUGUUUCAUUGCUGGAAUGAGGGUUAGUAACUGUAUUUUGUACUGGAUACGUUUAGUAGGUACGUUUUGUUUUAGGUACACUGGCAACAUCUUUUUUUUCAUACUAUGGCAUUUACAAUUUAUUUAUAUCUGAACUGAUUGAUUUGUAAAUUGCACACAAAAAUAGUAUAUUUUUUGUUAUAUCCAAAACAAUUUUGCUUUUCUUCUUAUGUCAAACGACACUGAAAUUAUUUACAAAAAACAUGUUUAUAGAAUGAUGAGAUGGACUAUAAGUAUGUUUAUGGGUAUGUUUUGUUUGUGUAUAUUUCGGGUUGGGUAAUUUUGACCAGCUCUUAUUAAUACAGUGUAUUAGAUGAGCUGGGAUAAUGGUAAUGUGAAAUCUGGGUUAGCUUACAAUAAUCACCGAAAACAAUGUCAUCCAUCAACUUAAAGAGACUUUUCUGUUUGCUAACAGGUUCCAAACUAAUAAAGCCUUUUCACGGUUAAAAUUGUUUCAUAUUUAAAAUCAACUUAAAGAGACUUUUCUGAGUUUGCUAACAGGAUCCAAACUAAUAAAGCCUUUUCAUGGUUAAAAUUAUUUAAAAUGUCAGUGUCUUUUGCCCCCACUGAGAAAAAUGUAGCAGGUUUCCUCUGUAAAGUUAUAUGUAAAAAUUACCAAAUGUUUGACAUCAGUAGCCGAUAAUUAAGAAAUCAGCCUCCUCUAGUGGUGUCGUUGAACAAAAACUUAACUUUAAUUAAACAAGCAAAUGUGUUUAAUAUGUCUUCUUUGUUAUUAUAAAAAAAAAAAAAAGACUAUGAUACUCAGAAACAAUGUUAGAAAACUCAGCACAGUCCCUUUAAUGUUUUUAUCUCGUUCUAUAAAACUGCUGAACUUCAGUUGAGCAUCUUCAUAGAAAUAGUUGGUGGUUGGGAUAGAUUCAGGUAUUUACUAACAUUCUGACGGAGUUCUUCCAUACUCCCCCUUCCAUUGUGGGUUGUGAUAUUAGCAUCUUCAACACUACUGCAUAAAUUAUUGAUUAUUGUUGCAUAAAUCUGCGUAAAUUAUUUAUUACAUGUACAUGUAUUUUAGAAAUCUGCAUAACUUAGUUCUUUUUGUUCAAGAAAUUAUUAUAUGGAGGUGGGAAAUGGGUAUGAACCAUUCUUGCUCUAAUCGGCAAGUAUUGAAAAAUAAACUGCAUCCUCAAAACUACCUCCAUAUUGUCAUUUGUGGAAUUGUAGUACAUCAAUUAAAGAAAUUAUUGUUUAUUUAACAUAUCAUUUUAUGUCAAAUGAAGUAUGUUAUCUAGCCUUUUUGGCAUACAAUAUUGGCUUGGCUUUAUUGACCUGAGUAGGAUACAAUUGGUAUUUUAAGGCACCAGUUAAUUAUUUAUUUUAUCCUGCAAUCAAUCUUGAAGAAUUAUAAAAUCAUAAUUAUUUGAUUUUUGCUACGCAACUUGUCAUUAUUUGCAGGAUGCUACAUUUUAAAGCAUCCGUAAAGAGUUUUUGAAAUAUAAACAAAUAAAAUUAUAUGUUUCGUGUUUAUCAUAACACAUAACUUUAUUUGUAUAUAUUAUCUUGAAACAAGGAUUUAAAAUCUUGUCUGAAGUAAAUAUGUUGAGUUGGGCUUUUAUUAUUUGAUAAACAGUUUCGGUAGCCAACAGAAAAUAGGCAUCCGUGUACAUAGUAACCACAGAAUAAUGUAACCUUGUUAUUUCAUGUUCAGUUCAUGAACUGUUAACCUUGUUAUUUCAACCUUGUUAUUUCAAAUUUUCCAGUUUAUACAUUUUUCUAAAACUUUGUUAUUCAGGAUGUUGUGACUUAGUAUGUUCCAAUUGUUAAACAUUUUUUUUUUUUUUUACUGUAGGUAAUUUAAAAAGCUUGUUUUUUUUAAAUGCAGGUGUUUAAGCAUUGUAAAUACAUGUAGUUGCACACGUGUAAGACAUAAACAGGCUUCGUAAAUUCGUAAAUAGACCUCAAAUAUUAAGUUUCUCAAAUCUUUAAAUAUCAGAAAACCUGUUGAUUUGUGUAGAAAAUGACCAGUAGACAACAGCAAUGAUUUAAUUCUUUGUGUUUGUAGAAAAAAGACAAAAGAUAUGUUGGUAUUUUCAAACUGAAAAUGAACUUAAAACAUUGGGUGAUGUCUGAUACAAUGAUAAGAAAGAAGAUACUGAUUAAAAAUUGAUAAAAAUCAAUAGGAAGAAAAUGCAAAAUGGUCACUGGGUGUGCAAAUACAUUUAUUUUAUAUGUAGAUUAUGAAUGUUACUACCCUACAGUCAGCUGAAUUGAGAGAUGCAUUGCAUACAAAAUUCUCGCUAGCAUUGGCAGAUCCAGAGGUGGGUCACCAUUUAACCCCAUCUGUUUUAAGUGUCCUUUUUUUUUCAAAUACAAUCUAAAUUUCCAUGAAAAUGUGUGUCUGAGCAUCUUUAUUUCAGAAUUGUCUGGGGAGUAUGCCCCCCCCCAGCCCCCCGCCCCUAACCCCUUUACAGAUCUCACUCCCUUUGGGAGCUCAGUUUCCUUGCCUUUGACAAACUAUAUGUGGCUCUUCAGGAGUGCUGGACUUCAGUUGUUGUUGAACUAGAUUGAAGGAAGAUUCCUUGGUAAAAAAGACUGCCUUACUGUACAUGUACCAAAUGCAACUAGAGAGUUGCUUAGUGACAUGUUGUUGUUUUUUUGGUGUUUUUUUGACAUGGUAACAGUGGUGGCACUUGAUUUGUUGAAGUCAUAUUUAGUUCAUAUCAGGAAUUAAAUUGUUUUGAGCAGAAUAUUAUUUGUAGGCAUGCAUGCAUGAAACUCCUAUAAUGUAUAUACACAUGUGAUGCUGUGAUAUUUGGGAAUUUCUUCACAUGAUGAGUCCAGUGAACACAUUCCUCAAUUCCAUAUGAAUAAAACAGAUUGAAUUAGUUUGGAUUAAUGAAGUCAAUUGCAUGUAUUAUUCAUUGUUGAUAAAUAGUGUAAUAAAUGUGCAGUAUACUAGGUUAAUGGCAAAAAACAAAAUUGAAUAUAUAACAGCACUCCAGUUCAUUUGUUAAAGGCAUAUUGUCACAGACCACUGACUUAUUUAAUGGUCUAACAAAGUAUUACCUGAACAAAAAUAAUUUGAUUUGUUCCUAAAUUUACUUUAUUGAACCAUCUUCAUAACCACCAUAUUCC